CUCUGUUUCAUUGGUAAGGAUUCUCCUAGAGAAAUCUUUGAUAUAGAUUUUGUAGUAGUAGCUGGAGUGUUUGGGGAUAUAAUGAUGCAUAGAAGCUGUGACAAGAAAUGGGUUGAAAUCGAGGGUCGGUUUAGAUCAUAUCGAGAUAUGGUUUCAUUCAAAGGAACGUUUUAUGUUGUUGAUAUGAGUGGACGAGGACAUAUCUUUGUUAGCGAGAUCCAAUCAGUCAUACAGUCUCAUGAGUCUUUUGACGAGAGAUUGGUUGUCUCAAGAGAGGAGGAGCUCUUGCUGGUGCAGCGGUUUACCCCAGGGCCGUAUGGUCGUGAAUAUAAACAUACGUGGUUCAGAUUGUUUAGGCUCCAAGAAGAGGAAGGCAAGAGGAGAUGGGUUCGAAUCAAUGACUUAAGAGGACCGAUGUUUCUUGGGUAUGACCAUGACUGGGAAUCUCUGCUAUUCAUUGACUCUGAUGCUAUCUUUGAUAGAAUCCGUGUGUUUGACUUAGGAACCGAAAGGACACAAAAUGCAUCCGAUUGCAGUGGCUGUAUCGGCGUGUUCCGCGAAAAUAUAGAAUCUCCGGUGUUAUGUGGAAUCUUGGCACUGCCAAAUCCAACAAUGAGCAUCUAAUACAAGUAAUCUUGCGUCCAACUUUGUUCAUCUUUGGUUUUGGUUACUUGUAUUAGUACUAAAGAAAAUUUUGUUGAAAAGUUUCAAAUCCUGUUUUUGAAGCCUCGCAAGUCCAUAUAUUCUGAUUCUUGUUCCAACAUGUAGAAUGUAAA